CUAAAUCUGAAAUACCAAUUUUUGCCCUCCUCUCUCGGCCAAUUUCCUCUCCUCUGCUCCCUAUCUCUGCCGUCCCGUCGCACCAUCAAAGAGGACGAGUUCAGAUUCUCCAGAAAUUAUUUCUUAGCAAAAGAAUUAGGCAAUUCCGGUAAGGAAUCCGGCCACAAGCUCGAAGAUAUCGUAGGAGGACAAGGGACUCGUCCCACCUUCUUCGAAAUGGCCGCUGCCCAACAGCUCCCUUCUAGUCUUCGUGCUGCUCUCACUUACUCUCUCGGCGUAUUGGCUUUAAGAAGACCCUUUAUUCACAAAAUCCUGGACUAUGAGGAUGAAUUCUUCGCUUUGCUAAUGCUUGUCUUGGAAACCCACAGCUUGAGAACAACCGAUGCUUCUUUUGCCGAGUCUCUUUAUGGGUUGAGAAGAAGAGCGGUUAAUAUUAAAGUAAAAACAAAGGAUAAUAUUCACAGCAAGAAGAAGAUUUUGCCAUUGGAUUCCCCUGCUGACGCAAUUCAUCAUAAUGGUUUAGAGAAACGCCAGAAAAUCCUCUCUGUUGUAUUUUUGGUUGUGUUGCCGUAUUUUAGGUCCAAAUUGCAGUAUGUAUACAAUAGAGAAAGGGAAGCUACACUUCAAGCGAGCUUAUGGGGUGAGGGUGAGGAAAGAUUUGGCAACAUAGACUACUUUGGUGGAAGUGGAAAUUCCUCAGCUUCUGGGAGCAGUUCUGGUGAAGAAGCAUCUACCACGAGAAGACGCGUCAUGAAGAGAAUACAGAAGAUUAUAGCUGCUUGCUACCCGUGGAUACACGCUGGAAGUGAAGGUUAAUGCUAGUCUCAUUUAUGUGUAGUUUGGGUGUUGAAACUUCACUGGCUUUUCCUCCUUAUUCUAGAUUUGCUUAAGCUUCACUUGGAUUUAAUGCUGUCGCCUUCUUCAUGUUCUAUCUGUGUGCUUAUGCCAAUCUAUGUCUUGCU